CGAAACUCCUUAUUCAUUGAGGGAACUCUUACAGAUUGAGAUGGGUGGAUACGGGAGGAGACCAGACAAAACAUCAAGAUACUUCUGUUAAUAUAAGCUCGUGGGUUCCGUAGACGGGGAUGUAAUAAACGAGCAAAUUGUCAAUGUUGGUAUCACGAGAAAGACUUAGAAAUGUUGCGAUAGCAAAUAAUGCUAGGGAACGAAAUGUACAUUAGCGGCUUUACUUUUGUGGUGUUCGGGUGUAGAAUUCGCAUUGAAGUGCAUUUUAGCUCGAUGCUCACAUAUCUGGUGAACACAUUUGCGUCAGAAGCGAAUGUGAAAUCAAAACUCCAGUAUAACAAGAAACCAAAAAGUCCGAGCAUCGCAUCAGUCCGUCACCAUUAUUUUUGACCAUCAGCAUGUUGUGAACAUCACGGUGAGCUUAGAUUUAGAAGACAGCCCAACGAGCAGCAUGAAUUGAGACCAGAGAUAAAAUAGCAUCACAAAGGGUUUGUACUGUAGGUUUUCAAGUUUAGCCCACGAUCUGUAGCAUUAAGGUAAGCAUUUACGUUUCAGAAAAUAAGUAAAGUCGAAAACCCUUCGUGCACCUAAAACCUCAAAUUUGGAUCCAGACAGAAGGACUAACGGUCGCACAGCUUUUUCAAUGACCACAGAGCGGCGUCUGCGGCUCACAUAUACAAUCAGUUUAAUGGAAGAAUUUAUGCCGCCGCCUAACUUGCAUUAACAAAGUCUUCCUAUAUGACAAAUGCCUCAGCAAUGACGCUUGCUAGUUACGCCUGGAACGAUCCUAAUUGCCGGAAUAAACUCCAUCUGUUGGUACGCCAGGGUGACAAAAAGUUAACCCAUGCGAGUUUUGUGCUGUGAAUUCUUGAAGAAUGAAGAACAUUCACGCGCAUUUGAACCCGGGUACAUCGUGGCAUGAAUUUGAGUCACGCUUAUUGUGUUGUAUUUCCCAAUUUGCUUUCUUCGAGUUGCAUCACCAU